ACAGUUCAAGGAAAACGACAACAAUAUCUGUUUUUUUUCUUUGUUGGUGUGAGCGUGAAAAAUGGCAGAGGCCGUAAGCUCAAUCAGUUGUUCAAUCUGUUUAUAUCUACUGAAGGAUCCAGUUACUAUUCCCUGUGGACACAGUUACUGUAUGAGCUGUAUUAAGGGCUGUUUGGAUCAGGAAGAUGACAUGGGAAUCUACAGCUGCCCCCAGUGCAGACAGACCUUCAAACCAAGACCUGUUCUGAACAGGACCAUCAUCCUGGCUGAAUUGGUGGAGAAUCUGAAGAAGACAAAACUCCAAGCUGCUCCUCCUGAUCAUUAUUAUGCUGGACCUGGAGAUGCGGUGUGUGAUUUCUGCACUGGUAGAAAACUAAAAGCCACCAAGUCCUGUCUGAUGUGUCUGGCCUCUUACUGUGAGACUCACCUCCAAUCUCACUAUGAAGUAGCUCCAUUAAAGAGACACAAGUUGGUCCAAGCCUCUAAAAAACUAGAGGAGAAGUUCUGCUCUCAUCAUGACAAACUACUGGAGAUUUACUGUUGUACUGAUCAGCAGUGUAUCUGUUAUCUUUGUACAAUGGAUGAACAUAAAGGCCAUGAUACCGUCUCAGCUGCAUUGGAAUGGACUGAGAAACAGAAACAUUUGGGGGAGAAACAUCAGCAGUCCCAGAAAAUAAUCCAGGAAAAAGAGAAGGAGAUUCAGGAGCUGAGACAGGCUGUGGACUCUCUGAAGCACUCUGCACAGGCAACAGUGGAGGACAGUGAGAAGAUAUUUACUGAGCUGAUCCACUACCUUGAGAAAAGACGCUCUGAGUUAAAGGAGUUGAUCAGAGCUCAGGAGAAGACUGAAGUAAAUCGGGCUGAAGAACUCUUGAAACAACUGGAGAAGGAGGUUGCUGAGAUGAGGAGGAGAGAUGUUGAGCUGAAGCAGCUCUUAGAUGAAAAGGAUCACAUCAAUUUUCUCCAGAGUUUCCAGUCUCUCGGUGUAUCUCCUGGAUCUGAGGUCUUACCCAGCAUCACUGUCUAUCCACACAUCUCCUUUGAAAAUGUAAAGAAAUCAGUCUCCGAACUGAAAAAUCAAAUACAGGAUGUUUGCAAAAAGGAAAUGGACAGGAUAUCUGGGGAAGUGGCCACAGUUCAGAUUGGACCACUUGCUGAGUCCAAGAACAGAGAGGAUUUCUUGACAUAUUCCUGCCAGCUGACACUGGAUCCCAAUACAGCACAUUACGGCCUGUGUCUUUCUGAGGGGAACAGAAGGUUGUCAUGGAGUAAUAAGGGCCAGUUCUAUACUGAGCACCUAGACAGAUUUAACUGCUAUAACCAGGUGUUGUGUAGAGAGGGUCUGUCUGGAGUCUGUUACUGGGAGGUAGAGUGGAGUGGGGAGUGGGUUAAUGUAGCUGUCUCAUACAAAACUAUCAAAAGGAAAGGAGGUGGUAAUAAGUGUUUUUUUGGGUAUAAUGAUCAGUCUUGGAUGUUACAUUGUUCUUCAUCAAGUUUCUGUUUCUGGCACAAUAAUAACAGGACUGAUAUCCCUGUUCCCUGCUCAUCCAGAGUAGGAGUGUAUCUGGACCACAGGGCAGGAACUCUGUCCUUCUACAGUGUCUCUGACACAAUGACCCUCCUCUACAGAGUCCAGACCACAUUCACUCAGCCACUCUAUCCUGGGUUCAGUGUUUAUAAGGGAAACUCUUUGGAGAUACUGAUGCAUAUAAACUGAUAUACCUAUCACUGUGCUUGUAUCAAUCUAUGAUUGAUUUACUAUGUCUAAAGAUUGAUUUGUAAUUCCAGAUAUCAUAUAGUAAAAUAUAAUAUAGUUACUAAUUUGAAUGUGCAGAGGUUUCAAUCAAACCAAGUGGAACGCAGUGAGCCUGAGCUUAUGGUUCCUGAAUAAACAUGAACACGAGACAUGUACCUCAAUGGUAAAGAGUUGAUUGGCAAGUGAAAUUAACCAAUCAUAGAGUAGUGUUGAUCGCUGGUUGAUCGCUGAAGGAAGUUGUUCUGUGCUUCCAUAUAUGUGUUUUUGAGUGUCAUUAAACCAAAGGACAUUGCCA